AUGGUGAACUGGGUUCAGGUGCUAAGGGAACACGGGCAGGCCCGCCUGGCCAAGAUCGCCGGCCUCCGGCAGCACGCCGUCGCCAUCCAAGACCAAGAUGACGCCGCUGCCGCCGGCACCGUCAUCAACUUCUGGCUUCCCAAGCACCACAAGAAAAGGCACACCAAGGAGGGACCAGGCGGGAAGAACAGGAAGCAGAACAGGCACGCCGUGGUGCUGGUGCACGGCUUCGCCGGCGACGGCAUCAUGACGUGGUGGCCUCAGGUCAACGCCCUCGCCAGAAUCAGCCACGUCGACGUCUACGUCCCGGAUCUCAUCCACUUCGGCGGCUCCACGUCGCCGUCGCCGGACCGUUCCGCCACGUUCCAGGCGCGGUGCCUCGCCGCGGCGCUGCAGAAGCUCGGAGUGGUCGAGCGGUGCACCGUCGUCGGGUUCAGCUACGGCGGUCUCGUGGCGUUCGAGAUGGCGGCUGCGUUCCCAGAGCUCGUUAGAUCCAUCGUCGUGUCCGGCGCCGUCCCGGCAUACACGGCCGCCAUGAACGACGCCCUACUCGAGAGGUUCGGCGUCGGAUCGCUCACCGAGCUCAUGCUGCCGGAUUCGGUCGGAGGUGUCAUGGUGCUCUUCUCCACCGCCUUCUACAAGAAACCCUGGCUUCCCCGCCGUCUACUCAGCGACUUCCUCGAGUUGAUGUGUAACAAUCGGGAGGAGAAAGCGGGGAUGCUACAAGAUACGAUUAUCAGGGACAAAGAAGCACCGGCCUCCCAUGUUUUUCAGCAGCAGAGGCCGCCCGCCGCUGAUUUCGGGGAGCGCCACGUGCUGCAAGCCAGCGACUCUGCUGCAAAGGGCGGUCACCGGAGCUACAAGCCUCCAACGCCAGAGCUGUAA